UGCGGACCCACCAUGAUCCAGGCUGCAUUGUUCCUUGGCUGUAUCUUACUGUCCUCGGUGACCGCCUUUCCGCAGAAGACUCAGGAAGGCGGCCUGCCAGCUGCCACAGAAACUGAGCCUCCCUCCAGCGAGACCCCUCCUCCAACCCCCAGCAUCUGCCAGAACCUCCUGUCUGUGGUGCCCUCCAUAGCUCCCCAGUCUGAGUACUUGUCCCUCUUAGCGCUCAGAGUCGUCCUGGAGAACACUGGGUGCCCUGCUGAGGCCUACGCCGUGCUGCAGCUCAGUGCAUCGGGAGGAAAAGACAGCACCGAAACCCCGAAUCAACAGCAUAGCCAGGAGGAAAGGCUUGGCAAUACCGAAGUCAUCCUAAGGCAUCUGGUGCCAGCGCCCAGGGGGAUGAAGAGGGUCCAGCGCUCCGUUGCCCUGCCUGAGGUCUGUACCUCUCAGCCGGGGUGGACAUUCCACGAGAUGGCUCAGCUGAUGCUUGAGACGGCAGAAAGGCUCCCUUCCACUGACCUGGUGAGAGAGUUCAAGGCUUCUGCAGUCAAUGCCACCCAGGAGUGUACCUUGGAGUCUUGGGAACGUGUGAAUGAAGUAGCCAUGAGGCUGAUGAGAAGCCCAGAAAUUGAAGCUGCCGAGAUUCCCAUAGAAGAUCAAGUGUACAUGUUUUCUCAACUCACAGUCUUUAUGAAUCGUGUUUUCGUGAACCUUCUGUGGGAAUAUUUUUGGACCUAUUUUGGAUAAAGGCCUCCUAGGCACCUUUAGUAGGUGUGCACACAGCAGCUGUCCAUGGUGUAUAGCAAGACUCCGGCUGCAUUUUACUAUCAAGAUACAUUAUCUUCCUUUGAUCCUAAUGCGUGAAGACACUGAUAUGGCUAAAGUCUUUUAGUUUUUAAAUGCUAUAGGAAUUGCAAUUUCCCUUUUUACCUACUUAACACGUUCUAAUUCCCCAGCUGAAUUCUGUGCCUUGGUUGUAUUCAUCUUCAUUUGUUUUGGGAUAUUAAUGGAAGGAAGGUUUGUUUUGGUUUUGAGACAGGAUCUGACCAGGCAACCGUUGCUGGCCUGGAACUCAGAGAUCCACCUGCCUUUGCCUCCAAGUGCUGAGAUUAAAAGGUGUGCACCACCAUGUCUGGAUUUGUCCUGGUAUUUUGAGAUUGUCUUGUUUCAUGACUAUUGCUAUUGCUGUGUAGCCCAGGCUAGCCUCAAAUCUCUUGCUAUGUAGCCCAGGCAGAUUUAUGGGACUCCUACUUCAGCUUUCCAAGUGCUAGGAUUAUAG